CUUUUCCUGUGCAAUUGCAAUUGCAGGGCUUGGAACAUUCAUCUGCAGGAAGAAGCGACAAUUAUAGCAUGAUCCUCAGUUAAUUGCAUCUUUUGGGUGCUUAUUUUCAAGUCGAUAAGUAUCCGUCAGUUUCUGGUCUUGCUGUUCGAUCUGCGUCGUUCCCCCAACCACAAGUUGUUUUAUAGUCUUGCUAUUCUACCUGUAUUUUCUCUAAGUUCAACAAUAUUGUCCCAGAAUAGGCAGUCCAUAAAGGCUGCCUGAAUCUGACCCCUAUCCGCUGGGAUGUAUAAAAGCUAUGCGCACAUUCUCUCGUCGAGGAAUCUGAGCAUCCACAUCUCGUUCACUCUCUACUUUCCCCAAUCUGCCCGCUAGCACAUAUAAAGGCCAUAAGCACGUCCUCUUGAACGACCCGAACAACACAUUCAUUCUCUACUUUCCCAAAUUUACUGAUUUCAACUUUUAAUUUGGCAGAAACCCGUCUUCCUUCGAUCCAACCACUAUGAGUUACAAGUCGACCUUUCUUUUCGAUGCAUUCAUCGCGUUCACAUUGCCAACGCUUCAUUUAUGCUUUGCAGUAGCCCUCAUUGUCGUUUUGAAUCAAGCGCUCUCAUACGCCUUUGAGUGCAUUCAUUGGCGCUACUCGCAAGGCGAGGUUCUCGACGAGACCUCGCGAUCUUGCAGCACUACACCAAUGCAGCCCUCAUCCACCCAAAUAGCCACCCCAGAGAAUCAGUUUGCAGAGGCAGAAGCAGCAACAAACCAACAAGCAGUAAUGGCAUCGGCCCCUGGUGAUUUUCCUAAUUUACCAGGGCUCAUUACACACCGCUUCCUACAUACGCCUCGCAACAGUAUAUUGCGCACCAUGGAACUCUUCGCAGCAGCGGCCCAGAUGUUCGGUCUUCACAGGCUCAACGACUGUAGCUUAUGACUGCCUGGCCAAUAAUGCAAACAAGAUGUCUUUACAAUACAUACAAAUAUAUGUUAGAUGGAUGGCGGAAAGGAUGGAAGUGAUGUACAUACUACGUAAGCUGCCUCAUCACAUUUUGGAGAAAUGGAGCCGAGAGAUUUUCGUCGCAGGCGUCAUAUGUCUCCCAGAUGUGCCUAAUGGCUGUUUGGUUUGAGAUUCAAUUUGUACAUCAGGUGCGCACAAUAGACAAUAGACAAUAGACAAUAGACAAUAGACAAUAGACAAUAGACAAUAGACAAUAGACAAUAGACAAUAGACAAUAGACAAUAGACAAUAGACAAUAGAC